AUGAUGUUUUUUCUUUCUCGAUUGCCAUCUUAUGUUGGCAUCACCGUAUUAUUCAUUUCUUUGAUAUAUUUGUACCAGCACGGGACUAUCACACAUUCCAGUCCUGAUUCCAAGGAUUUUUGGGAAAGCCUUAAGCAAAAGCCCGAGAACCAUAGUGGCCAUGUGAAACCACAGCAUCAGCCCCAGACCACAUCAAAUUUCGAUAUAAGCACAGCAUCAGAUAUUUCCCGCCCUCCAAACUACACAAAAUCGGCGACUCAUGCAACAACAACUGCAGCAGAAGUCCCGACAGCUCUGGCUCAAACCCCUACGGUGUGUCCAGAAUUGAAGCCGAAUCUAAUUCUCAGUGCAAUCGAUGGAUCGCGAUGGCAAGAUCAAAUUUUCAUCUUUAUGCAAUCACUCGAAGUCGCCAUCAGCGAAGAGGCCCUCCAGCGCCAGCGCAGCAACAGUUGUCCAACAGCACCAGUCCAGGUGAAGAUCAUCGUACCACAGACACUUGCGAAAGACCUUCCGGCAGGCUUUAAUGCGCUGAUGAAGAGGUAUCCCUCGCUGGACUUUGUCGGUGUACUUCCAGACAUUGAGGAUGUCGCGGUGGUGCUGCGGCGUUUCCAAGGCUGGUCGGACUUCCUAAACGUUCAUGCAAAAAACUAUGAAAGAGUGUUGGCAUGUGACUUGGAUGUGGUCUUCCAACGGAAUCCCUUUGGCAUGCAGAUGAAGCCCGAUAUUGAGCUACUUUAUUUUGCAGAAUGGAGGGGGAUAAAAAUCGGUCAAUGCUCAGUCCACGUUGCUUGGUUCAACCAAUGCGCCAGCCCGCAGACUGAUUCAUUCAUCUCACAUACACACAUCUCCGACUACAUGCAUAAAGACCGCAUCUGUGCGGGCUCUGUGUAUGGCACUGCCCGAGCAAUGAAGGUUUACAUGUCUACCAUGGCCUCGCAGUUAAAGGUCUCCAAGUAUCACUGCAACGACCAAGCGAUGCACAUCCACAUAUACUAUUCUGAACUCUUGGACAAAGAGCUCAGAAGCAAUGGUGUUGGGAAGACUGAGCUGGUUCCCAAUGAUGAAGCACUCUUUGGUAGUGUCGGAACCACCCCCAUGGUUGCAUUCAAUGAAUGGGGUGAGAUGUUGAAUGAAAAGGGCGAGGUCCAAGUUGGCGUGCACCAGUACAAGACUCAUUCGCUUCUGUCGGAUAUCGUGUGGAGAAGAUUCGGAUGGUUGGCAGAGGUCGGUCUGAAUGGCUCAAUCCCGUCUGUGGCUCCCUUGGUUGAGAACGUCAAGGCACAGCAGAAGUUGGGAAUUGAGAGACACGGCGAACAACACCUUGACAAUGAAUCCGACCAUACAGAGUCGGAAUUUGACUUACGGCAGACCAGGGAUGAGAAGAAAGGCGCUGAGGACCUGCCAUACAAGCAAUAUCUGCUUUUGAAUGUCUCGGAGGUGACGUGUGGAACACAUGCAUCAUUGUGUUCUUGCAAGUACGAAGAUUGCCAGGUCCAUUAUGAGUUAUACUAG